AUGUGUGUUGUGCAUGGGGACGUAAACGGCUCUAUUGAACUCACGAACUUCCCGAGUGGUUCGGUGAUCGCUUUCAGAAUUCGUUUAUCAGACGCGGCGCGUACUUCCAUCGGAACGAUCAGAGCAGUAAUUGCGGGAAAUCCUGAACUAGAAAAAGAAUUGGCAUUUGUACUGGAUUCCAUAACACUGCAGGACUUCAAUCGCUUGUUGUUCAUGACCGAUGCUGAAGAAAGGGUAGCAAUUGGACAUGGCACCUACAACGUCCCACGCUUCGGACAGCUGGUUUACUGUGGUCUACAAGGUUUGAUUCCUGUACUGGAUAGGAUUCGCGUCAAUAACGACCUGGGUCAUCCUUUGUGUGCAAAUCUUCGCGACGGUACCUGGUUGUGUGAAUACAUUUCCGCUCGUCUGGAAAAGUACCCUGAACUAAUUUAUGUCUCACAGUUCUUCAACUGCAUUCUUGCAUUCAUGGAAAAUGUGCCCUAUUAUCUUCGGCCAUGCUAUUUCGAAGCCAUCAUUUCCUACCUGUACAAGCAGUGCAGAUUAUCGCUACUGAACAGACUAGCACGGAAUAUAUCCACGUCGUCGUCAUUGGUUCGAUCUCUAGCCGUUUCCUCAGUGUCAUUUGUGGGUUAUGUUCCGAACGCUGACCUGGCGCCGUUAUCACCUUCUGUGAGAUUGGAGGAUAAACAUCCCUCAUCGCUUGCAGCAGGUGCAAGAUAUAAUUGCCGUGAUGCGGUUUGGUUCUGGUUGCAUUCCAUUGAGCGCUACGUAAGGGAGGCUCCGAGCGGCCAACAGAUCCUUCACAGUCCAGUAAGACGAAUUUAUCCCGAGGAUGACACAGUUUUCGGAGAUUACGAGAGAGAAGAGCCACUGAUGAAUGUGAUGGCUGAAGCGUUGCAACGGCACUUUGCUGGAAUUGAUUUCAGAGAACGAAAUGCGGGACAUCAGAUAGACGAACAUAUGAGGGACGAAGGUGAGUCGCCGUGUCUUUUGUAG